AUGGAGGAAGAUAAACUGAAUCCUGGCCUGGAGCCGCUCAGGACUCUAACUAUCUGGACCCCGAAGUUCAUGACCAACCGACUACUUCCACGGAAACAAAUGGUCCUCCACCCUGGGAAGGGAACAGUACCUAAGACAGAAAUUCGGGAAAAACUAGCCAAAAUGUACAAGACUACACCGGAUGUCAUCUUUCUCUUUGGAUGCGGAACCCAUUUUGGUGGUGGCAAGACAACUGGCUUUGGCAUGAUUUAUGAUUCCUCGGAGCACACAAAGAAAAAUGAGCCCAAACACAGGCUUGCAAAACACGGCUUGUAUGAGAAGAAAAAGACCUCAAGGAAACAGAGAAAAGAAUGCAAGAACAGGAUGAAGAAAGUCAGAGGAACUGCAAAGGCCAAUGGUGGUGCUGGCCAAAAAGAAGGAGUAAAGAUUCUGCAGUGACUGUGUCUGUGGUGACUGCAAAAUUUUCAUGAGGAGCCUAAUAAAUGAAGAACUUUUACAUGAAAAAAAAAAAAAAACUACAGAACAACUCAUUGGGAGGAGUU